AUGUCAACUUCCCAUUGUAGAUUUUACGAGAACAAAUACCCUGAGGUUGAUGAUAUUGUCAUGGUCAAUGUUCAGCAAAUUGCUGAAAUGGGUGCCUAUGUCAAGUUAUUAGAAUAUGAUAACAUUGAAGGUAUGAUUCUACUGAGUGAAUUGUCUCGUAGACGUAUAAGGUCCAUUCAAAAGUUGAUCCGUGUUGGUAAGAACGAUGUUGUUGUUGUUCUUCGUGUUGAUAAGGAAAAAGGUUACAUUGAUUUAUCAAAACGUCGUGUUUCUUCUGAAGAUAUUAUCAAGUGUGAAGAAAAAUAUCAAAAAUCUAAGACAGUUCACUCCAUUUUGAGAUUUUGUGCUGAAAAAUUCCAAAUUCCAUUAGAAGAUUUGUACAAGAGCAUUGCUUGGCCAUUAAGUCGAAAGUAUGGCCAUGCUUAUGAAGCCUUCAAGAUUUCAAUUAUUGACGAUUCUGUUUGGGAUGGUAUUGAACCACCAUCAAAGGAUGUCUUUGAAGAAUUGAAAUUGUAUAUAUCUAAAAGAUUGACUCCACAAGCCGUCAAGAUCAGAGCCGAUGUUGAAGUCUCAUGUUUCGGUUAUGAAGGUAUUGAUGCGAUCAAGGAAGCUUUAAAGGCUGCUGAAGCUAUGUCUACCGAACAAAUGCAAAUUAAAGUCAAAUUGGUCGCUGCCCCAUUAUAUGUCAUUACUACUCAAGCUUUAGAUAAACAACAAGGUAUCGAAUUAUUAGAAACUGCUAUUGAAAAGAUUAACUCUAUCAUUACUAAGUAUGAUGGUGUCUGUAACAUCACUAUGCCACCAAAGGCUGUUACUGCCACUGAGGAUGCUGAAUUACAAGCUUUGUUGGAAAGUAAAGAAUUGGACAACAGAUCCGACUCUGAUGAAGAUGGUGAAGGUGAUGAUGACUCAGAUUAUUAA